CUCAGGUGCUCAACGAUGACGUGCGUCUGGCCGUCAGCGCGCAUAACCAAGGCUCUUGCAGUGAUCUAGGAUCUCCCGUCGGAUAGGCCGCGGGGAGAUGCUAGCAUAUAAAGCACGCAUCGACUCUUAUCUAACGCGUGCUACUUGUAAACAACUACGUCCUCACUCGUCACACAGCAUACGCAGCUUAUUUGAGCUUAAGACACUAUACACAGACCAAGAUGCCUACCCAGUACAACGUCACUCUCAAGCCUGAGGCUUCUCCCGAGGAUUUCGAGCAGGCGAAGAAGGAUGUUGAGUCUAAGGGCGGCAAGAUCACCCACGAGUUCAAGCUGAUUAAGGGCUUCACCGCCGAGUUGCCAGAUGACCUCGUCUCGACCUUCGAGUCGAACGACAAGAUCACCGUCGAGAAGGACUCUGAGGUCACUACCCAGUAAACGGCCACAACGAUGAAACGAGAGAUGGAAAUAACGAGCACGAGAUAUGAUGAAUCGGCAUAGCGCUUGCAUAGGCAGCUAGGGUAUAUAAUUAUCAAUGACAUCUCUGAUGACACCCCUUUCUCUCACGUGUAUCGCAUCCUAUCGGCUGCUAAUCUCACUCCCGAUCCACCCUGCCCACGCCUCUCAGCUUGAGAUAGACGUCUGUGCCCCAGCCCCACAGACUCUUCACUUCGAUGCCGCCGCCGAAGUACUCUGCGUAUGCUCUACCUAGAGGGAGUCCGUAGCCCAGUCCUGCCAGAC